AUGAAUCCACAUAAGUCAAUGGACAUGCUCCAUAUGCAUCCCCAUGUUCACGCGAUACGGGCUGAAGAGCACUGGACGCAAUUCAAGGACAUGCCAGAAAAUUGCGCUACCAAGAGGAAGCAAGCGCAUGUUGCUUUGCAUAAUUUGACUCAGUAUAGUAAAGCUGGUGCACGCAAGUCUGCACCACAAAUUUACUUUUGUCGUGCUUUUCAAAACAUUUUUCGCCAAGACUGCGUGGAAGCUUGUAUUGUUCCCUGGACUCGUAGCGAAGCUCGAGGGUACUUGAUGCACGAUGAGAAGGAUAAUACUCCGACAGGGAGACACGUAGUGAUGCAACGUUGUUUGCUAAAUCAUAUGUAA